CAUAGCUUGAUCAAAAAAACCCGUCUCGUUUAUAAACUUGACUAGUUGACAGGAGAAUUGCGACUCAUCGUCUGAUCAGUGUGUGCGAAAUUCGCCAGUGUUAUCCGCAAUACAGUGUUUGCCAUAAAAAGAGGGGCUAUCAGAUACAGGAAGUAUAAUUAUCAAUUAAUUUGCUGGUAGUGCUGCUAUUGUCAUCGUGAUUUGGUGUUUUACAAACUGGGUCAAGCCCGUGAAAUAUGAAAAGACUGGUAUAUUCCCUUCUGAUAUUCAAACUAUGGAAUUCUAGUGUGUAUUCAACUUUUCUCAAAAAUCUGGAUUUGAAGGUGCUUUAUCAGUGGUCGCAACUCGAAUUUGAUUAUCUCUCUGAAUAUGAAAGGAAGACAGAUAUAGACACUGGUAAUUUCAUACCUGGCCAAAUAGCACCAAUCGAUACAGAUGUCCAUUAUCCAAAUGACAAUAGCGCCACCAGGGUCUUCAUCACCAUUCCAAGGUUUCAAGCAGGUGUACCCGCUAGUUUGGGCACAGUUUCGAAUGAAAACAGGAAUGGCAAUCCAAUAAUCACACCAUAUCCUUCGUGGGAAUGGCACACAAAUCCUAAACGAUGCAAGGCUAACAGAUUGAUUUCUGUUUUUAGAGUAAUGAUAGACGAUUGUGAACGACUCUGGGUGCUGGAUGCUGGAAGACUUUUGGAUGAAAUAAUAUGCCCACCUCAAAUAUUGGCAUUUGAUUUGAAAACUAAUAAACUUUUACACCGAUAUGAAAUCCCUACGAGUCAAAUAGAAUCCCGCUCUUUUUUAGUCACACCAGUUGUGGAGAUAAGAGACACGAGAGAUCACUGUCAAAACACGUUCGUCUACUUGGCAGAUUGUCAAACAUAUUCCAUAAUAGUGUAUGACCUUCAACGACAGACUUCUUGGAGAGUGACUGAUAAGACCAUGUACCCGAAUCCUGAUUGUGGUACAUACAGCAUUCAAGGUGACAGUUUUGAUUUGAUGGAUGGUGUGCUGGGAAUGAGUUUAUCACCUGCUUCACUAGGAGGCGAUAGGAAACUGUUCUAUCAUGCGAUGUCCAGCUCAACUGAAAACUGGGUGUACACUUCGUAUCUUAGAAACCAAACCCGUUUCAGCGAGAAUCCGGAAUCAUCUCCAGAAAUAUUUAAUACAUACCCUAAAAGAAGAGGUACUCAAAGUGCAGCUGAAGUGAUCAACAAAGAUGGAAUUAUGUUCUUCGGUUUGAUGAGCGAUGUGAAAAUCGCCUGCUUCAAUAUCAGAGGAGAAUAUGGCGAUAGCAGAAGUACGGAUAUCGUCGCUGAUAAUCCAGUAACAUUACAGUUUGCUACCGGAAUGAAGAUUAUUAAAAACAGGAGAGGAAUCGAAGAAUUGUUCGUCUUGACGUCUCGUUUUCAGAAAGUGGCAACGGGACUGAAUGCGGCCGAAAUAAAUUUCCGAAUAUUAGCAAUCGACGUUGAAUCGCUGAUAUCGGGGAAAAAUUGCAAAGUGGCAGGUGAACCUAAUACCAUAAUUUCCUAUCCCAAUAAUAAAAAUUUAGGAAGAUAUAACUUACCUUCACAGGUAAACACUUGAAGGCGAAAACGAUUUUUUCAAUUUGUGUGUUGUCUAUUAAAAAUAAAUUAUUUGAUCAC